ACCUGAAAACACAUGAAAGUAGCUUAAAAGACUACUUUAACGAAGAAAACAUAACGAAAAUGCAUAAGAACUAGCUAACUAAGGCGCAUAAAUAUGCUCCUAUCAACCCUCACCUUUGCCACACAGUUUGCCAAGUCAUCCUCCUAUCCCCAUUAAUUCUCAUCCCAUGAUUACAAGAUCCAAGGCUGGCAUAUGUAAAUCUAAGUCUCAGGUUUAUGCAGCAACCAAACAUCCUCUUCCUGUUGAUCUUGAUUAUGUUCCCAGUACUUACUUGCAAGCUUCUAAGCAUGCUCACUGGCGAGCAGCCAUGCAAGAUGAAUACAAUGCCUUGAUAUCUACUGGUACUUGGUCACUCAUCCCCUCUCAUCCUUCUCAAAAUUUAGUUGGCUGUAAGUGGGUGUUUUGAGUUAAGAAAAAGGCUGAUGGUACUAUUGAUAGGUACAAAGCUCGCCUUGUAGUUGGGUUUUCAUCAACAAGAGGGUAUUGACUUCCAAGAGACCUUUAGUCCGGUUGCAAAGCCGGUUACAAUUCGCAUCCUCCUUACUCUUGCUGUCCAAUAUAAUUGGUUUCUCAAUCAAUUGGAUAUAAGCAAUCCUUUUCUUCAUGGGGACUUAAAGGAGGAUGUCUACAUGCAACAACCUCCAGGAUUUGUUGAUCCUACUUCUCCUAGUCAUGUUUGUAAGUUGAGAAAAUCGUUAUAUGGACUAAAACAAGCCCCCCGAGCCUGGUUUGACAAACUCUAUCAAGCCCUUCAUUCUCUUGGAUUCAAUCAAUCAUCCUCUGAUGCAUCUUUGUUUGUUCUCAAUGGUCCUCAUUUGGUUAUUGUCCUAGUGUAUGUUGAUGACAUUCUUGUGACUGGUCCAAACUCUCACCUCUGUCAACAGUUUAUUAAACAACUCAGUUCUCAGUUUCCAGUAAAGGAUCUUGGUCCUUUACACUACUUCUUGGGCUUAGAAGUACACCGAUCCUCACAGUGCAUUUUUCUACACCAAACCAAAUACUUACUUGAUAGUUCCAUUGGUUUCUCUAAACAUUUAUUUUGCAGACAUAUGGCCUGAAAACACUUGUCAAGAGCUUCUUGCCACACCGGGGAACUCACACCAAACAGCAAAUUAAUGAGCUCAAGGACAACUAAACGGCAAAUUAAUGAGCUCUGUGGCAUUUUGUCCACAAUGCUGCAAAAGGGAGAAACUGCAGAGGGUAUCACCUCAGGUGAAAGUGAUAAGGCUUGUAUUAGAUUAGCUGCUGCAAAGUCUGUUCUCCGGCUUGCUCAAAGAUGGGAUUUCCAUAUUUCUCCAGAGAUUUUUCACUUUAUAAUUUUAAGGGCAAAGGAUGACUCAUCAUUGGUGAGAAGAUCACUUCUUGAUAAAACACACAAAUUACUGAAGGAGCAUGCCAUACCUAGCAGAUAUGCAAGUGCUUUCGCAAUGGCCACCUCAGAUUGCCUCAAGGAUCUGCAGGAUGAUUCGUCAAAAUAUAUUGCAGAAUUUGUCAAGGAUUACAGUAGAGAAGCUCAAGUGCGUCAAAUCUCUGGAGUCCAAGAAGGAUUAAACACUGAUUUUCCAGCAUACAUAGUGGUGGCCAAUUGUCUUGAUCGUGGGAUAUUAUUGAGAAACAGGAAUCCAUGUUAUCAAAAGAUUUCCUGCGAUUAUUUCUAGUAUGGAAUGAGUCAAUCAUCCACUCUGGUAUCUUAUUGAACAAAAAUGGUGAUAUUGUUCCUCCAUUGAUCAAGAAUUUUGAUUUUUGGGAAGUAUCAUGAUCAUCCAAUAAGAAGUGUUUCAAUUUUUUCAAAUGAAAGAUUUGAAGACCUAUUGAUUCUAACAACUGAUUGCAAGACCUUUCAAUUCAUAGAUGUGGAUCUCGGACCUAUGAAUGGGGAUGUUCCCAAAACUCACAAAAAAAAAAGGAAGUGAGUUAGACAAAAAGAGAAGAAA